AUGGACAAUUGGCUCCGGCCAGUCUUUGCGCGCAAGCAAACUCCUAUAACAUCCACUGAUUGCUUUGCUAGCUUCAGUACCGAUGACAACAGUGAGGCACAGGAAGCCAUGUCGAGACUUCGACCGACCUCUCGAGUCUCGUCGCAGGUCGGGUUUCGUCCAAGCUCACCACCAGCAAGCGCCGCCGACACGUUCCCAAAUAUCCGGAUUCCAGAUAAGGUUUACUACAACCCGUCUUCCAACCAGAUGGUAGAGAUAUUGAAGGUGGUAAUGAUGAAUCAAAGCGCGGUGGAUCCAGUUCCAGUUCACUACAACUCCUGCAUCUUGCAUGUUCUGGAAGCAUACCAUGAUUUGCAGAUUCAGCUCCACACGAUAGAAGACGCCAUGGAAUCCUUGAAGCAGCGGCAUACAAGAGACAUCCAAGAGUUUGAAGAGAUGGCAAGUGGAUGGCAUACGAAAGAGCGGGAUUACCAGGCUGAGGUAAAGCGUCUGGAAGUUCUGCUCUCAAAAACAGAGGGGGGGAUGGAGAGCGUAUCGAUCGCGAGAUCUGACAGCCUCGUUCAUGGGUCAAAAAGAGCUUCAGAUACCAUUAGCAGAGGUAUUGGCACGAUCAAGGAAAGGAAUGCGUAUCCCUGUCGUGGAGAUACAGAUUCCAUUACUUCUAGAAGGGCCACAGGUGUCACUCCUACUCUAGAUGGCGCACAGUUAGCUCGCCCGUUAUCCCAGCCCAAGAGCAACAGUGGCUCAGGUACUAGCGCUUCACUCCAGGAUUUCCAAGGCAGGGCAGAUAGAAAGCGUGCAACAAUUACCGCCCAUACUAGUAGCGGUUAUUCACAUAUCUCGGAUCGAAGUACACAAUUUGCCCUAUUUCCCAUACCAAAAGAUGCCCCGCAGGAAGGGUUUGGAACGCCAAGGCUUAACAUGAUGCAGCCAGAAGGUCUAGCAGUACGAGAGCAACAACUUGGCAAUACCUUUGGCUCAUCGACGGCCUCAAGUAUAGUUUCAAGUUACUUGUCAAUGAAUGAGGGUCUGGCACCUAAAAAUAUUGGCCAAGGUCUUGGACUUCGCCUUCAUGACAAGCCUCUCCCAGACAUCCCUCUUAAAGCUGCGGACAGAGCAAGACAGGUUACAAUAGAUAGGUCCUUACCCACGGAAGACGGCUCGUCAACAAGUCUUGUUGGUCCACGACAAAUGAGGUUCUCCUAUCAGCCUGGUGACGAUGCAGAUAUAUUGUCCCCUAAAAUAGUAGGACAUCGGGCAAAGAGACAAACAUUGGACGAACAGUUAGAACGAACAAGUCCGAGUGGCUCUGCAUCCAGAUCGAGGGAACUUCUGAAUAGCAACACAUGCGAACCGAAAUACCCACCGCAACAAUCAAAGUCAAUAUCGGCAAAGUCGAACUCGAAACCAAAACCGCCAAGUACAGGAAAUCUACCCUAUAUUCCAAAAGACAUACAAGGCAACCACUCCCUUUCUCGUGGGGAUUCGGCGAGUAGCGUUAUCACAGCCAUAAGGCACAACUCAGACCACAGCAGUGCUAAUGGCUCGCUAAAUAACAAGGAGACUGGGCGACGGAGGUUUAAUCAGAGCAGCAGCAAUAAUAGUAGCAAUGACGCUAUAGCUGCGGCUGCUAGAGCACUAGCUAGCACCAGAAGUCCGUCCCGACAGUCAGGACUGGACUCGGAGUCAUACGAGGAAAAUCGCGUCGAUGCGAGAGCACAAGCCAGCAAAGCAACCUUAAACACUAAUACAAGCUCAAAUUCAGCCACCAGCAAUGUUGACGGGAGGUCAGCCGGCCACCAGGAAGGCUGA